UUUGCAGAUAUUGAAGAACAAGUCCGGAGCAUACAGGCCAGAAAACAAGCUCUAAACAAAGAAAACUAUGAAGAGACCUCACCAGAGAAGCAGCGAGUGGGUCUGGGUGCUGGUGGACAUUUUGACACAGAUAUUUAUGGGUCAACACGCAGUAAAUUUGAAGGCUAUCACACAUAUAUCCCUGCAGAAGAUGCAGAGGAUGAUGAUGAUGUAAAUCCUGUAGAGACAACAGGGCCAGUGAGGUCAGCAGCACCCUUAAACGCUCUCAAUGACUCACUUAACGACAAGGAAUAUGACCCCAUGGCGGAGCAUCGACGAGCAAAGAUCUCGGACAGAGAAGAUGAUUACAUGGCACGUCGCCGACAGAUGAUCAUUUCACCAGAGAGAUAUGAUCCAUUUGCAGACGGUGGGAAGACCCCCGAUCCACAGGCAAGAACAUACCAUCAGAUUAUGCAGGAGAAAGCUUUGGCUGCCCAGGAGAAAGGUUUACGUGAGCAGAUGAAGGACAAGGCAAAGGCUGGAGACCUGAAGGCUGUCAACAGUGCUGGUUCUCAAAAGGUGCAGGAAAAGAAGAAACGAAGAUGGGACCAGCCUAUGAGCGAGGAACCAGCAAAGAAGAAAGCCUCAUCUUGGGAUCAGGCUGAAGUAGGAACACCAUCACAGGCAAAAUGGGAUGAGACACCAAGUAAAGCUAAAGGAUCAGCAACCCCAGGAGCCACACCAGGUGCAAGUACCAGAAUGUGGGAUGCCACUCCAGGACAUGCUACCCCGGGGGCAGCCACACCAGGACGUGAAACCCCAGGUCACCAAGCCACACCCAGUGCUAGAAGAAAUAGAUGGGAUGAGACACCAAGAGCUGAGGCUACACCAGGACACACGACUCCAGGAGGUCACCAGGCAGGAUGGGCAGAAACGCCAAAAACUGAUAGAGCGGGAGAUUUGAUUGAGGACACUCCUACUCCGGCAGCCAGUAAGAGACGAUCACGUUGGGACGAAACUCCUGGUGCACAGACUCCAACAAUGACUCCUGGAAAUAUGACCCCAAGCAUGACCCCAGGAGGAACGACACCUGGCGGUAUGACACCUAGCGGCAUGAGUGGCAUGACAACACCUGGGGGCGGGACACCUAGUGGUUUCACACCAGGGGGCCUCACACCUGGAGGUUUCACACCAAGUGGAGUUACCCCGACUGGAUCUAAAGCAAUGGCUAUGGCAACCCCAACACCAGGACACUUAAUGUCAAUGACCCCGGAACAACUGCAGGCCUACACUUGGCAGAGGGAAAUAGAUGAACGAAACAGGCCACUCGGUGAUGAUGAACUGGAUGGGAUGUUCCCUCCAGGAUAUAAGGUUCUACAACCACCUACUGGUUACAUCCCUAUCAGAACCCCUGCCAGAAAGUUGAUAGCCACUCCCACACCUAUGGCGGCCACACCCCAGGGAUUCAGAAUGCAAACACCAGAUCACAAAACAUCAGUAGUGGAUAUGCAGCCUAAAGGAAAUUUGCCAAUGAUGAAGCCAGAUGACAUGCAGUAUUUUGACAAGCUUCUACAAGAUGUAGAUGAGGAAUCUCUGUCACCAGAGGAACAGAAAGAACGUAAAAUCAUGAAACUGCUUCUCAAGAUCAAAAAUGGAACUCCACCAAUGAGAAAGGCUGCUCUCAGACAAGUAACAGACAAAGCUAGGGAGUUCGGGGCCGGACCCUUGUUCAACCAGAUCCUGCCUCUUCUUAUGUCGCCGACACUGGAGGAUCAGGAACGCCAUCUGUUGGUCAAGGUCAUUGAUCGUAUCUUAUACAAGCUUGAUGAUCUUGUGCGUCCAUACGUGCACAAGAUCCUGGUUGUGAUAGAACCACUGUUGAUUGAUGAAGAUUACUACGCUCGUGUAGAAGGCAGAGAAAUCAUAUCUAAUCUUGCUAAGGCUGCAGGGCUGGCCACUAUGAUCUCCACCAUGAGACCUGAUAUUGACAACAUGGACGAGUACGUCCGUAACACGACAGCUCGAGCCUUCGCUGUAGUAGCCUCAGCUCUCGGCAUACCGUCACUGCUUCCCUUCUUGAAAGCUGUAUGUAAGAGUAAGAAGUCUUGGCAGGCUAGACAUACUGGUAUCAAGAUUGUACAGCAGAUUGCCAUUCUUAUGGGAUGUGCCAUUUUACCACAUCUGAAGUCACUUGUUGAAAUUAUUGAACAUGGUCUGGUUGAUGAGCAGCAAAAAGUACGUACCAUCACAGCUUUGGCCCUGGCUGCCCUGGCCGAGGCAGCUACACCAUACGGUAUUGAAUCCUUCGACAGUGUGCUCAAACCUUUAUGGAAGGGUAUCAGACAACAUAGAGGAAAGGGACUUGCUGCUUUCUUGAAAGCCAUUGGUUACUUGAUCCCAUUGAUGGAUGCAGAAUAUGCAAACUACUACACCAGGGAAGUGAUGUUGAUUCUUAUCCGAGAGUUUCAGUCUCCCGACGAGGAAAUGAAGAAGAUUGUGUUGAAAGUCGUUAAACAGUGUUGUGCCACAGAUGGUGUUGAGCCUCAGUACAUCAAAGAUGAGAUUCUACCACCAUUCUUCAAACAUUUCUGGAACCAGCGCAUGGCUCUCGACAGGAGAAAUUAUCGACAGCUUGUAGACACUACAGUGGAGAUAGCAAACAAAGUUGGGGCUGCUGAGAUUAUCGGACGAGUUGUGGAUGACCUGAAAGAUGAGGCGGAACAGUAUAGAAAGAUGGUAAUGGAGACAAUAGAGAAGGUGAUGGCAAAUCAGGGUGCUGCAGACAUUGAUUCAAGACUGGAAGAACAGCUGAUUGACGGUAUCCUGUAUGCCUUCCAGGAACAGACGACAGAGGAUGUUGUAAUGUUGAAUGGUUUUGGUACUGUUGUAAACGCCCUUGGUAAACGUGUGAAACCAUACUUGCCUCAGAUCUGUGGUACAAUUCUAUGGCGUCUCAAUAAUAAAUCAGCCAAGGUGCGACAACAGGCAGCUGAUCUUAUCUCGAGGAUCGCCAUUGUCAUGAAAACAUGUCAGGAGGAGAAGUUAAUGGGUCAUCUUGGUGUUGUGUUAUAUGAGUACCUGGGAGAAGAAUACCCAGAAGUAUUGGGAAGUAUCCUUGGAGCCUUGAAGGCCAUUGUGAAUGUGAUUGGUAUGACAAAAAUGACCCCACCCAUCAAAGAUCUGUUACCUAGACUUACACCUAUCCUGAAAAACAGACAUGAAAAGGUACAAGAGAACUGUAUAGACCUUGUAGGUCGUAUUGCUGACCGUGGAGCGGAAUAUGUGUCCGCUAGAGAAUGGAUGAGAAUCUGUUUUGAAUUGUUAGAACUGUUGAAAGCCCACAAGAAAGCUAUCAGAAGAGCAACAGUCAACACAUUUGGUUAUAUUGCAAAAGCUAUUGGUCCCCAUGACGUAUUAGCUACAUUACUCAACAAUCUGAAGGUACAGGAACGACAGAAUCGUGUGUGUACAACAGUAGCUAUAGCUAUCGUAGCAGAAACAUGUUCACCAUUCACAGUGUUACCCGCUUUAAUGAAUGAAUAUCGUGUACCAGAACUGAAUGUACAAAAUGGUGUGCUCAAAUCUCUAUCCUUUAUGUUUGAAUACAUUGGUGAAAUGGGAAAAGAUUAUAUUUAUGCAGUAACACCACUGUUAGAAGAUGCUCUAAUGGACAGAGAUCUGGUACACAGACAGACUUCCAUGUCAGCCAUCCAGCACAUGGCCCUUGGUGUGUUUGGUUUUGGUUGCGAGGAUGCCCUUGUUCACCUGAUGAACUAUGUGUGGCCUAAUGUGUUUGAAACCUCACCACAUGUUGUUCAGGCAUUUAUGGGGGCCAUUGAGGGCAUGAGAGUAGGUGUAGGACCUUCAAAAGUACUGCAGUAUGCUUUACAGGGUUUGUUUCAUCCAGCACGUAAAGUUCGAGAUGUCUAUUGGAAAGUAUAUAAUACUGUAUAUAUUGGAGCACAAGAUGGCAUGAUACCAGCCUAUCCCAGGGUUCCUAAUGAUGCUAAAAAUAACUUUCUCAGAUACGAACUGGAUUACAUAUUGUGAUUGUGCUUUCAACAUUGUCUUAAAUCGUUAAAAUUUUGUCGUCAUUCAAGAAGUGAAAUGCUUCGACCAUCACAAACUUGGUAGAAAAGUGAAAUUGUUGCAAGUAGAUCAUUUGAAUCUGCAAAAGUUCUAAAAAUUUCAUUAAUUUCAUCACCCAUUUCAUAAAAAAGACUAUUUUUAAAACAGGAUUUAAUAACUGAUAAAAUCAUUGAUAAUGUUUACAAAGCAGUACCCUUGGUAUGCUUGUUCAAUUAUUAUACAUUUGUCAUUAUGCUACAUUAUGCUAUUGGUUAUGUUAAAAAUAUUUAUAUGAUUAAGUCUUGUAACUUCCCAUUUGUAUUUGUUCUCAACAACUGUAAGUUGGUUUGAAGCUUUGAAAAGUGCUGUACAUUUACGCAUCUUGGACAAAGUCAAAGGGGGUAAACAUUUGCUAACAGAAAGUAGGUUUUUACUGCUCUGUGUAGGGAUACUAGAUCUUGAAGUCAUUUUUUUUGUUUGUAGAAUUCACAAUGAACAUUGAAGUUUAACUUAUUUGACUGUCAGUUGUACAUGUAGUGUGAUAUUGGAAUUAUUUCACUUAAUUACAUUUUUGAGCAAGUAUUUUACCUAAAAGGAAAAUGUUUUGAUUUCAAAACUGAGCACCAUUGGAACAGUUGGUAAUUUUUUCUCCUUUUGGAUACAUUUCUACAAUACUGAAAUCUUUUUAUCUAAAUUCAUUUACAUAAUACAACUUAUUGAUAGCAAAAGGUCUUUUAUAAUACUUUUAAGAAGGGGUAUUAUACCAGCUAGCUGAAAUAAGUAAUAUUUUGUAUUUUCUUUGACUUGUAAUUAAGUCCAUAUGAAAGAAAUACCUGUGUAAUAUCCUCUAUGUAAUACACUGUAUUUUGAAUAUGCUUGAAAAUCCUGAAUCCUGUGACUUAAAAAAGAUCACAUGUUUUAUGAAACUUUGAUUUUGUCAUUUGUAAGACUCCAUCAUGAAUAAAAUAUAGGAAAAAGAA